AUGACUAAAGAUGAAGAUGGUCCCAUGACUAAAGAUGAAGAUGGUCCCAUGACUAAAGAUGAAAAGGAAUUUCUUUUGAAUGAUUCUUUGCUUCGUAUACCUACGCCAAAACAAGACGUAAAUUCCAUGGAGGAUUUGAUGAGGAAAAAGCGACUUUCACCUACAUCUUUGGUGAUUUGGAAGACAAUUGGAGGAACUGAAAUUGGAAAAGUUUUACGAGUAUUAUUUGAUUCAGGAGGAUUGCAUACAAUGGUCAAUGCAAGGGCGAUUCCUAAAGAUGCUAAGGUACAAAGUAUUCAAAAUGCGAAGAAGUGUACUACUGUUGCUGGUGAUUUCGUUUCUGACAAAUGUGUAAAAUUGCGGGAUGGAGUCUUUCCCAAAUUUGACAAACACCGCAGAAUCGCAGGUGUCGACGGUGUCAAGGCGAAUGUCUUCGAUUCGCCAACAUGUCCACAUGACGUCAUAAUCGGACGCGACCUUCUACACGAAAUGGGCUUGGAUAUCCAAUUUUCAAACGGACAAGGCAAAUGGAUAGACAAGUUCAUUCCAAUGAAGGCUCCAGAUCAUUGGCAAAAUCACACCAACUACUCAAUGGCAUUGGAUCGCGAUGUUCUGGAUAUCUACGAUGAUGAUGAUGAUGAUGAUGAUGAUGAUGAUGAUGAUGAUGCCUUUAUCAUGGAUGCGAAAUAUGAAGCUACUUCAGGUGCUGAAGUUGCUGACAAGCAAAAGCAUCUAACUGAAGGUCAACGCAAACUUUUGGCUCAAGCGUUGCAGAAUACAGACGAGAUUUUUGAUGGUCAACUCGGCCAUUACAAGCAUGAGAAGGUUCACUUGGAGCUCAUUGAGAAUGCGCAACCCGUGUUUUCAAAAGCGUAUUCUGUGCCGAAGCAACAUGAACCUGCAUUCCUCAAAGAGUUGAAACAUCUACGAGAGAUUGGAGUCCUUGAACGAACAGGACCGUCAGAAUGGGCGUCGCCAACAUUCAUCAUUCCAAAGAAGGACGGUAGGGUGCGAUGGAUCAGCGAUCUCCGACAGCUGAACAAGAAUGUCAAGCGUAAAGUAUACCCCUUGCCUUCAAUUGAUGACAUUGCUGCGCGUCGUUCUGGCUACAAGUAUUUCACAAAACUUGAUCUCACAAUGAUGUAUUAUUCUUUUGAAUUGGAUGAGCCAAGCAAAAAACUUUGCACGAUCAAUACCCAGUACGGUUUGUACCAAUACAACCGAAUGGCAAUGGGAUUGAAACCGGCUCCUGAUUUUGCCCAAUACUAUAUCGAAAAAACUCUACGCGACCUAAAAG